UCGAAACCGCAAGCUUCCCAUUUUAAUUAACCAUGAAAGUAAAACACAAUGUUUAAAGGGAGGAAUGAAAGUAAUUCAAGUACUACAUCAGUGUAUCCAACAACGACUGUGACGACAGAAAUCACCACAACAACACGUAUAAGCCACAAUGACAAGAAAGAGCAAGAUUUAAUUCUUGGUGUAGGAUUAUCCAUUGGAAUAGUUGUUUUUAUUAUACUUGUUUUGUUUUUGGUUUGUUGUUGCAAAUGGUACAGAAGGAAACGGCAAUUGGAAAGAGACUUAACACCGUAUUAUGCGUACGAUCAGAGUGAAGCAGAAGUUAUAGAUGGUCUUCUAUAUACCGCAGACUCAAGCAGUGUAGAUAUGUUAUGUGUGGUAGCUGAUCACGGUGAUGAACCACCUUUACCCUCUUCCAAUGGUACACUUGAAAUCGAUAGUAAUUAUUUUUCACAUCAACACAAGAACAGUGUGUCCGUUUAAAUGUUUGUUAGUUUUAGUUAUUGUGUGCGAAGUUAAAGUUUGUAACCUCUAGAAUCGUGUAAAAUUCGGAAUAAAGCAUUGCAGAUGUGCCCUUUUUUAUUCCAGUUGCGAAAGUUGCGAAAUUAAAGUUUGUGAAACAGACUCCUAGAAUCGUGUAAAAUGUCGAACCAUUGCAGAUGUGCACUUCUUCACUGAAGUUGCGGGAUUGAAGAUUACGAAAAAGUAAAUAACCAUCGUUUUCCCUAUAUUCUUGGUCGGAAGUGAAUUUUACAUUAAAUUUACAGGUAAAUGAAAACGAGCUGGAAAUGAUAAAACGCGAAAUAAAAGGUUGUGGCCGUCCUUGUUUAAAAAAUGCGAAAUUUUAUUCUACAAAUUUGCAGAGAUUAAUUUCGCAUUUUUUUCUUUUGCAAUCUUUACUUCCAAGAUAUUAUUAUUGUUGUUGUUGUUGUUGUUGUCUUUUUCUUUGUUGUUGCUGCCGUUGUUGUUGUUAUUAUUUUCGUUGUUGUUGUUUUUAUUUUUGUUGUAGUUGUUUUGUAGUCCUCCAAAUAAGAUAUAUAUAUUUUUAAAUUUAAUGCAUUAUAGUGGUAAAUAUUAUUAAUGACAACCUGAACUCGAGAGAAAGCCAUGGUGCAUGUUUUAAACACUAUGCACUGUACAUCGUCACAUUUAUAUUUGCUUAUAGUAAACUUAGAAUUGUUUGAACUAGUAACCCUAUUCAGGUUGUGGUCUGAGGGACUCAAUGACAGAUUUAAGGACGUAGGGGGAGGUAAUGGAGGAGUAAAAACACUCCCCUGCUACCUAUUUUGUUAUUUUCAAAGUUAUUUGCCACAAAUAAAAGCCAUUAUGUAAUAGGUAAAAUGGCGCAUUUAUUUACAUUUUUUUAGGAGUCGUUUAAGCGUCAACACGAACAUAAAAUUAUGCCUGAUUUACCAACACCGACGUGAAUAGGGUUACAACCUGAGAUUAAGUCUUAGGGGAGCAUCAGCUCUUCAAUAAAUUUCUUGCGCUUCAUAUCUGAUUAUAUAGGUUUUUUAUAUUCGAAUAUUGGUCGUCUGGUCUACUUAAAAUACCUUUCCUUAACGAAAUCAAUAGGUCAGAAACCUGGCCUCAUCUGACUUGUUCAGUUGAUCAUACAGAAGAGAUUCCAGUGCUCGAAUUUUUAAGAAUCAUAUAUUAUAUAUAGCUGUACAUUAAAUUCUGUUAAAAUUUUCACAACUUAUAGAUGGACCUUAAACUUUCGGAAACUAAAUCCAAGGAAUGAGACAGUAUAAGUUAUGUUGUUCGGGUUGAGAUAAGGGGUGUCUGUGUGGGACAUGGGUGGGUGGGGUGACUGCUGGUUGUGGAUUAUUUUUUUGGUAGCAACACAAGCCUUCAUAAUGGUAGGAUUACUUAUAUCUUGAAACUGUAACGUUCACAAUUUUUUGGUCUACGUUUUAUUUUUGUAAAAUUAGAAUUAUAAAUCUUCUGAAAGUACUUAAACUACACCUCAACAAAUUUUUACUCUGAAACUCUGGAAAACGUACAAAAAAAUUUGAACUGUCUGGAUUAACCGUCUUUUAAAAAGAAAAACAAUGAUAUUGACUUGAUAUAUCAAAUCCACACAAUGCAGCUAUUUUCGACUAAUUUUUCCUCUUACAGAAUUUUUUUCUGUUGACAAUAUCAUGUAUAUUUUAUAUUUGUUCAAAUUUUCUUUCUGUUUAUAAUCUUUAUUUUUAAUUUAAAACGUACUAUUUAUUUUGUCAACUUCACAAGUAAAAUAUAAUGAUAGAAAGUAAUGACCUUUAAUUUCACCCUACUUCAAUCCUCUGAUUUUAGAUGACCAUAAACUUUUUAUAAGAUGUCUACCUGUCCUUUCAAUUGAUGUUUUGGCUACGUUUUGCCGCCUGGUAAAUCCGUUUUUCCCAAUCUUUAUAAAAAUGUAUCGGAUUUUUCAAGAUUUUGUCAGUAACAACCUCAUUCCCAGCGCCUUUUUCUCUUUUUUAUGUCUUAACGUUAGCGUCGCCGUCCUGAUAUAAAAAGAGACAACAGGUGCUGGGAUUUUAAACCUGCUGACGUCACAUGGUUUUAAACCAAAUUCCUCGUACCCGUAGUUUUGUAACGCAGUAUUAAAAUGCCACUAACGCACUCAGGACCGGAUGGUUUGAAUUGUUAUAAUGUGGGAAACUAUUUUAUUAGCAAGAGUUUUCGUGUUAUUUUCAAAGAAGGAGCUUUCGUUGCUUUUAUAUGUUGAGCAUGAAGUAAAUAUUUUGUCCGUUGGAUAAAUCAAUGGAUAAAAAAACCUUGGUGCUCACUCAAACUUUCUGUAAAGUUCAAUAAUUGUUCUUCAUUCAUUGGCAUCGCCUUUAAGAUCUCUUAAAUAUUCUCUGCAUUCUAUGCGUUUUUUGGCCCUUUUCGCGAAAC